AUGGCUUCUGAAUCAACGUCCAACCUGCGCGAGGAGGCUGUGUAUAGGCCACCAUCACCCUCCAGCUCAUGCCGGGAGUGCCUGAAAAUACACAAGUCUCAACUGCCGGUGGAGUUCCACUGCUCGAAAGACUACGUUCCGCCUAAGACAGUCCCCCUCUUCUUCUGGAUCGAGAAGGUCAAUCCACCGUCUCGCAUGAAUGAUGAAGGAUCGUGGCUGCCGGGUCAACAGUUUGAAGAAGCAAUUCACAAGCAUAUUGGCAAAAGGUCGUCCUGCGACGGAAGCUCCUUUCCUAGCGUUAGGGAUGAAAGUGUGCCCCAGCCGAAUAUAUGGAGAGAGCCAUUUUCGUACAAGAUAGACAUCCCCCACGGGCUAGCCGACGACUUCAAAAAGAACCCCGACAAGAUGGAGGCCUUUUUAUCAGACCUGCCGCAGCAAUUGGGAUGGACAGCCGUUAUCAACCAUAUUUGGGCUGACAGUGAUGAACCUGGCUCAAUCCAUGUUAGACUAACAGAGACAAAUGGCAGAGUGGCCGCAGAGCCAAUUGAUGUCAUGAUAGAUGUGCCGACGCAUCUCGCUGCGGAGUUGGAGCGAAACCCUGAUAGAAUAACAGCGAUUCUGAGUGAGCUACCCAGAUUGGAUGGAUUUGAAUGGAAUUAUGAACCGCCCAAGUCCCAUGCCAAUCUCUCGCGCUUACACUGGUUCGAUGCCAAAGUCAAACAGCGCGGUCGGUGGCAGUUGUGUGAAAUCGACAUCGAUGCUCACAAGAGGUAUAUUGGGCCUGGGAUUCUUCGCUUCUUGAGACGGAACUUCCACCUCUUGGGGUUCCGACUCAGAGUUCUUGGGGCUAGGAUAUUGUACUUCUAUACCUUCACCAUUCGCCAGUUUUCGCACUUUGCGAGAUAUGUUUCUGCGUUGCGUUCCUACCUGUGUCACUGGGCUGUUCAUUUCAAGUGCUAG